AGUUUUCAUCUUAGAAAACGGCACGUGAUCCCUUCAGAGGAGGCCAUGAAGAGGACGCUUCGCUUAUGGGAUGGAGCACAAGGAAGCCACCAAAGAGCCACACGUCAGUGUCGGGACACUAUCCGUGGAGGAACUGUUGCUGAUCAUCAGGAUGUUUAGCUCUGUGUCACAGGGAGCUCUUCGCUCUAAAGAGUUAAGCAGAUGAUCUGGAACAAGCCUUUCAACUCAGCUGGCUCCAGUAUGCGCCUAGAAUGAUAAAAAUUGAAACGUCGCAGAAGAGCUUCUUUGAGGCAUGCCAAACCACAGUGAACAUAGUUCCUGGUGACUUGCUGAAAUUCCCACUGUCCCCAGGGCCAUUUCCGUCUCCUCCUGCAAAUCUGCAUCCUGCUCUACCUCCUACCACACAGUGGCCAGCCCAUCUGCUUCCCUCCCACUGACCUUAAAGAGAAACUUCCAGGGCCUCUGAGCACUCACCAAAAACCAUGUGGAGGCCUUCUUAGCAGUGGAAAUGGAAAGCCAUGGAGGUCCUCAGCAGAGAGGAGUCCAAAUGGUGGUGCUUUUCUGAAGUUGCUCAUCGAGACUUCUCAGCAUUGCUGCAGAGAGAAACAGGUGAGGCCGCUGGCCGUAGGACUUCCCACUCCGCAUGAAUGCUGCCAGACCGGGACCGGGACCUCACUCCUUCUGCCGCCUUGCACCGCGCGGGACUAGGCGACCCUUGCCGCGACUUCCUUCCCGAACCCCCUCGCAUCUCACCGCUGUCUGUCUGGAUUGACCCCUGAGGACUCCUGCCUCGCUUUCCCACCGUGAUCAUCAAUAUGUGUCAUGUCAUUGUCACCUGCCGCUCGAUGCUCUGGACCCUCCUGAGUAUCGUAGUGGCCUUUGCCGAGCUCGUCGCCUUCAUGAGCGCGGACUGGCUGAUCGGGAAAGCCAAGACCCGAGGCGCCGAGCCGGCGGGCACCGACUCGGAGCCCUACUACCUGGGCAUCCUCUGCAUGCGCGCCCCGGGCAUGCAGCAAGUCCCUCGGGACACACUGUGGGGGGCCUACGCCAAGAGCUUCGGGGACAUCGCCAGCGGCUUCUGGCAGGCUACUGCUAUUUUCCUGGCCGUGGGGAUCUUCAUUCUCUGCGUGGUGGCCUUGGUGUCCGUCUUCACCAUGUGCGUGCAAAGCAUCAUGAAGAAAAGCAUUUUCAACGUCUGCGGGCUCCUGCAGGGAAUCGCAGGUCUGUUCCUUCUCCUCGGCCUGAUUCUCUACCCCGCGGGCUGGGGCUGCCAGAAAGCCAUAGACUGUGGCCGGCAUGCAUCCCCCUACAAACCUGGAGACUGCUCCCUGGGUUGGGCCUUCUACACCGCCACUGGAGGCACGGUCCUCACGUUCAUCUGCGCCGUCUUCUCCGCACAAGCAGAAAUCGCCACCUCCAGUGACAAAGUACAGGAGGAAAUCGAAGAGGGGAAGAACCUGAUCUGCCUCCUUUAGUCCGGAAGACAAGAAUGCCGUUACCUUUCUUUAUGACUUGUGACACAGUGAAGAGCCAGUCUUGACCUACCAGAGCCACAUUCCACAGCCCCAGGCCUUCGUGGGACCCGUGAGGAGCAUCACCCACCAAGCAGAGUUCUUGGACCUGCAGGCUACAGUGCAAAUGACCAGAGCAGACAAAGACAUGGUUUAGCCCCUGACUGUGGAGUUCUGACACACUCUGUACCCCCAGGGCUCAAUGAAGGAUGGUGUUCUGACCCAGCAAGGCAGGCAGCAAUCUGCAGCCGCGGAGGAGAGGCCAGCCAGCCUCAGGGUGCUUUGAGGCAGGUCUCUAGCCCACAGCUAUGUGUCUGUGAACAUCUCGGAAUGCGGGCUGCAGGUGGGGUGGUAGUUUUCUUCCUAGUUCCUUCAAGUUGUUUCAGCUGGAGACUGGAAGGAAGAUUACAGACUUACUGAUGACGGGUUGUAUGCCAAAGGUCACAGCAAGAUACCGGGUUUUGCUUAGCAGAGCAGAGGGCUCAUCGGGGGCAGUGUAGAAUCCUGCUGUGGAACCACUCAAGCUUGAGUUCCAGGGCAAGAGGCAUCAAUGGAACUAUCCUCAGGAUUUGAGUGAAGACAGACAAUCAUCCCCUGGCAGUCGGGCAGAUGCCUUCCUGCUCCCCGCAGCCAGCCUGGUUCCUAAGCUGUCUCCUGUAGUUAGUUUGCUCCUGGGGCUGGGGUUGUGCUUGGCCGCCCAGGGGAACCUCGGUGUUCCCUCCUUCCGGGAUGGCAGCCUCCAGACCAGCUGUAGCGGUACACAGAUGUUCACAGAUGUUCACGGGGUGACCUUUCUGUUGGGCGGCUGCUGGAGAGUCAGCGGGUCCCAGUCCCAUUGGCAUUCUUCACAGAGCAGCGGGAGCUAAGCCCUGGCAGCUUCCAUAGCUUUUGGUGUUGAUCCUGAGAGCAGAUUGGGUGACGCCGAACCACUGCCACAGCCGACUUACAUCCAAUCCCAUCCCCAGGGAGGCACAGAAUAAGAAAAGCAAACGCAGGGCAGGACCAAGCUCAGCACACCUGCCUAAGUAUACUUACAAACCCCACCAAAUACCACUACUAAAAAGGACUCAGGGCUUUGAACCCAGUUUCCAUAAAUUAUCCAUGUAACCAAAGCAGCCAGAAAUACCAGAGCCUGGCAGUAUAUAAUAAACCUUGCAGAUAGGGACCUCUGUAGCAGUGUACGUGGAGUGCAGGGUCCAUCUGGUUUUAGAGCUAUGUUCCACUAAGGGCUUUGUCUUAAAAGGUGAUUAGUUAAGCACCUCCUACUGGCAAGUGUUUGCUAAGUCCAACCAGGUACACACCCUGCUUCAGAGUUUACAAGCUUGCCCCGUGAAUCACCCAAAGCUGUGUCAGUUUAGAACCCAGCCUUGGUUCAGAGCAACUGCCUUACACAGAGAUGGGCUAGGCCCAAUGGGGUCUAACUACAGUUUGUUUGCCCUUUGGCCUACACCAGAAACCAUCUUAUCUCCCAGGAAGAGAAAGGUUAGGGAAGAAGGGUGUUGAAUCAGUUCUUAAAUUCAGUUUUGAACCAGUGUUCAAAAUAAGCAAGGUCGAGAUCCUGUGACUUCUUUAGAAGAGAGAAGGGGGAGGCCCCUAAGCAACCCUAGGAAGACUCAGGAAACAGGAACAGAUCACUAAGUGCAUGGGCCGUCCAGCAUGUGGAAAAGGCUCUCGUCCUUCACUGUGUAUUUACCAUAUCCUAACCAAGUCCUUCUGCCUGCACAGUAACGUGUUUCCAACCUGGGCAAUACUUGGCAUGCAACAUAGUUUUGUUCAUAGGAAAACUGACAAGAAUACUUUUGUUUUCCUUGAACCAGAUUCAUUUUUAGGCAUUUUUUUUUUCAUACAAUCUUAGCUCGUUCUUCACCAACUAGUCCUAAGCUGGGGACCCUGUUCUUUGGGUAAGGUGGCAGUGGACUAGUUCAGCCUGCUAACAGUCACACAUGAAAACGUGACCUCUCUGCCAGAUUACUUAACAGUGUUUUUUUUUUUGUUUUUGUUUUUUACUAAUUUAAACAUUAGAGAAGAUCUCCCCUCCCCCAAAAAGGGGCACAAAUGAAAACUACCUAAGUGUUGACUUAGUGGAACAGAGAGAGAGGGAAGGGGAGUUCGACAUUUGAGACCUUCAAACCAACCUACAGACUUGUGCAGGGAAGAAGGGACCAUCCACAAUCACGCUAGUGGAAAAGGAAACUUUUCUUAUGCCUCGUCAAACCCACCUGUUGGCCUAUACCCAUUUUUCUAGCAAUAGGACCAUCACUACUACAGGAAAAGUCUUACUUUGACUGCAGAAAUACUUGGAGUCUGUGGAUUCUUUAAACCUGUGUGGUAAUUCAACAACAUUACAUGAACUGUGGAAGGGUUUCUGUAGAGUUCUGAAGCAUCUGUGGUGUAAUCAGUGGUCUUUGUUAAACAUGUAUUCUGUAAAGUGCCAUAGUCUUUAUGUGUAGCAUAUUUAAAUAUAUAUCCCACAUACACAAGUUUGUCUGAAAGAUGUGCAAUAACAAAGGUGUAUGUAUGUUUUGUUUGGGGAAACUGGACACGCUUCAAAACAAGGAUGUUUCUGUUUUGCAAAGGAGAGUUAGACAUAUUUGCCUUCAUGGCUAGUCAUUAGUCCAUAACAAUUUUAAUGCUACACAAACCUUAUGUGAAGAAAAGACUGGUAUAAAGUCAGUUUUCCUGGGUCUAAAUGGAAGUGAUCACUAUUAUUUAUGGGAGACUCAAUCCAGCGGGCCAGGCCCAGUCAAUGCUAGUCUUUCGUGUGAAAUGUGAAGCUGCCAUGUUGCCUUUUCUCUUAGCCUGAUAACUAGUAGCUGGUAGAGACUGAAGAGCUAUUCUUCAGGAGCUUUUGCAGACUGUGUUAACGCUAGGCCACUGUACUAAGGGCUGGUCUCCCACUUUCUUAGCCAUAAGAGUCUGGCUUAGGACAGACCGUUCUGUGCAAUAAUGUGUGGCUGCUGGGAAUCCCGGGCCUGCAUUUGUGUUUAGGGGAGCAAAGACUCCCAAGGCCAAAGGAAUUCAAGGGAUGAGUGGGACUUCUGAGGCCGUGGGGAGCCUCCUUCGACAGCCGAGGGGUUCCUGCGCUGCUGUGAAGGACCCCGGCGCCACUCGAUGUUCAGUAGCCAUUUGAGCCAAAUACAGAGCUGUACUUCGAGCUGAUGGACUCGACUGGAGCCUUCCUAUGUGUGGUCGGCCUGUUAUACUGUAAACCAAUGCACUGUGUGUCUGGCAUUGGUUAGCAUUCUGUACAUAGGAUUUUCACAGUGUGCUCCCUCUCUGCUUGAGAUCUGAAUUAAAUCAGAUUUUGCAAACUCAA